AUGCCCACGUCAAGUAACAUCCUGCAGAAGUUCCUCAGCAACAGUUUGUCUUUUGGCAAGUCCACCAAAUUGGCGUUGGUGGUUCGUUCCGAUCUGAAGAUGUCUAAGGGCAAAACGGCAGCUCAGUGUGCACAUGCGGCGGUCAUGUGCUAUCAGAGUUCCGUCCAGGGGACCAAAAUCCAGAACGCCAUUCUGCAGCGAUGGUGUCGUCUGGGGCAGCCAAAGAUUGUGUUACGAGUUGACAACUUUGAACAGCUCAAUUCCCUGGAACAGCAGGCCCAGGAGGCGAACGUGGUGGCCGCCAUGGUUCGGGAUGCCGGUCGCACUCAGCUGGAAUCCGGAACAGCCACGGUCCUAGGCUUGGGACCCGCACCUGCCGAAGAUCUAGACAAACUGGUUGCGCAUUUGAAGCUUUUGUGAACUCUUAGGUUUAUUGAACGUUACAAAUAAAAUACAAGUAGUUAACAACA